GGAGGGGACAGAGCAGGAGGCGGUCCGAAGACCGGGAAGUGGCCGGACUGGGGCGUGGCGUGGGGCAGAGCCCGGUCUGGUCAAGCCGUGGUCGCAGAGGCACGGACGCAGCGGCGGUGGCGCGGUGGCGACAUGGCUGUUGUCUCAGAGGAUGAUGUGUACCACAGCUCAAACUCCACCUACAGAGCCUCGAACAGUCCGCACAAAGCUGACCAGGAGGCCCUGCUGGGGAAGCUGCUUGAUCACUCAGCCCCUGGCCUGCAGAGGCCUGAAGACCGCUUCAAUGGCACCUAUAUCAUCUUCUUCAGCCUGGGCAUUGGUGGCCUGCUGCCCUGGAACUUCUUUGUUACUGCCAAGGAGUACUGGGCCUUCAAACUCCGCAACUGCUCCAGUCCCGCCUCAGGAAAGGACCCAGAAGACACAGACAUCCUGAAUUACUUUGAGAGCUACCUGGCAGUCGCCUCCACUAUACCCUCCCUGCUGUGUCUCAUGGCCAACUUCCUGCUUAUCAACAGAGUCCAGGUGCAUGUCCGAGUCCUGGCCUCGCUGACUGUCUCACUGAUCAUCUUUGUGGUGAUGAUUGUGCUGGUGAAGGUGGACACUUCCUCCUGGACCCGAGGCUUCUUCAGUGUCACCAUCGUGUGCAUGGCUAUCGUCAGCAGCUCCUCCACUGUCUUCAACAGCAGUGUGUAUGGCUUGACGGGCUCCUUCCCCAUGAGGAAUGCGCAGGCGCUAAUAUCAGGAGGAGCCAUGGGAGGGACCGUCAGUGCUGUGGCCUCGCUGGUGGAUCUGGCAGCAUCCAGUGACGUUCGGGACAGUGCCCUGGCCUUCUUUCUCACCGCAGCUGUUUUCCUUGGGCUCUGUGUGGGGCUCUACCUGCUGCUGCCCCGGCUGGAGUAUGCCAGGUACUACAUGAGGCCAGUUGGUCCAGCCCACAUGUUUUCUGGUGAAGAAGAGCCAUCACAGGACACCCUGGGGAUCCCUUCAGUAACCCCCAGGUCCAGAGUGGCACACACACCACCCCUUGGACCCAUCCUAAAGAAGACAGCUGGCCUUGGCUUCUGCACCAUCUUCCUCUACCUCGUCACUGCCCUCAUCUUCCCUGCCAUUUCCACCAACAUCCAGUCCAUGCACAAGAGCCAUUCUCCGUGGACCACCAAGUUCUUUGUGCCCCUCACCGUCUUCCUCCUUUACAACUUUGCUGACCUCUGUGGCCGCCAGAUCACAGCCUGGAUCCAGAUGCCAGGUCCUAGGAGCAAGGUGCUCCCAGGACUGGUGCUCCUGCGCAUCUGUUUCGUGCCCCUCUUUCUGCUCUGUAACUACCAGCCUCGCUCACACCUGACUGUGGUACUCUUCCAGUCUGACAUCUACCCUGUGCUGUUCACCUGCCUGCUGGGGCUGAGCAAUGGCUAUCUCAGCACAUUGGUGCUCAUCUAUGGGCCCAAGAUUGUGCCCCGGGAGCUGGCUGAGGCCACAGGUGUGGUAAUGUCAUUCUACAUGGCUGUGGGCUUGAUGCUAGGCUCAGCAUUCGCGGCCCUGUUAGAGCACUUCAUCUAGGAGGGUGCCAAGGACAUGGGUACUGUGUGAGACUUGAGCCCCUGGGAGGGUGCAGGACAAGCUGCUCAGAUGGUAUAGAGGGAAGGGCUGGUAUCUCCCUUGGUACAAAGCAGAGGCCACUUGGGCUUCCCUUCUCUCAGGGAGCUUGUGACCCAUGUUCAUGCCCCUCCUGGGCAAAGAGGCAUUCCAGACACAGCCAGGCACGGUGGCUCACAGUUCUUAUUCCAGCACUUGAGAGGCUGAGGCAGGAGGAGUGCUGUGAGUUCUAGGUCAGCCUGGGCUACAGAGUGAGA